AUGGCGGAAGGUAUGAUAGCUGAGAGCUGCCUGCACCAUAAGGUAGAGAUGGUGAUAUUUGAGGCUGCCAGAGCAAUUACAAAGCUUAGCAAUGUCAAAAGCCUUGAAUCUACUCCAGCAGUUACUGCUCUCCAGCUCCUUUCGAGCUCUUACAAGCAAGGACUAAGAUUUGCAGCUGUCCAAGCUCUUAACAAGACACAAAUCUUCGUGAAAACUCUCUCUCGCAAGAAUAUAAUCCUUGAGGUGGAAAGCUCAGACACCAUUGACUGUGUCAAAGCUAAGAUAGAGCAUCAGGAAGGUAUCCCCCCUGGCCAACAGAUACUCAUCUUUUCAGGGAAGCAGCUUGAAGAUGAACGCACCCUUGCUGCUUACAACAUUCAGGAGGAGUCAGCCCUUCACUUGGUGCUCCGACUUCCAGGUGGCAUGCAGAUCUUUGUGAAGACUUCGACUGGAAAGACCAUUGCCCUGGAAGUUGAUAGCUUGGACACCAUUGGCAAUGUCAAGGCCAAAAUCCAGGAUAAAGUGGGGAUCUCACCAGAUAAAUCAACGCUGCUAUUUUCUGAGAAGCAGCUUGAAGAUGAUGGAAGGACCUUAUCUGACUACAACAUCAAGAAGAAAUCGAUUCUUGAGCUUCAAGAGAUCCCAGGCACAAAGCGGAGCAAAAGGUUAACAAAGGGAGGCAGAAUCCAGAAAUACCUUCCAAAGCUGGUGGAUCUUGAUGGCGAGAUGAAGGCAGGAAAGACACGAAGGCAGCUUCGAUUUCGCAAAUUACAACAAAGUAUGAGUAUGCUGGCGGAAUCGGAGAAGAAUCAGCAUAUAAAGCUGUGUAGGCGUAUUAUUAGAGGUGCCCGGAAAUACACAGCAGCUUUAGUGGAAGAGAACGAAGUGGAGGCGAGACGAAAUGAGCACAUGGAUCACAUGCAGAGAGCAGUGAAUAUGAAGGGUAACGAGAAGGUCAAUGUGCUGGUUCACAGCGAUAAAGAAAUCAACUCUCUUGAAAAAGCUUUUAAAGAAGCUCCAAGUGGUGUACGAAUACUUUUACCGAAAACUCGUGUUUACAAUGGGAUUCAACGUAGAGCUAGGGGGAAGGGUUUCUGCACUUGGAGGGUGUGAAGGGAAUCGACUUUGUUAGGGCGUACUUUUUUUUUUUUUUUUUUAACGAUUAGUCCUAGCUG